AUGGACCUUCCAUCAACAUUCGCCCACAACGGCUGGAACGUCAAAUACGGCGUCUUCGAACCGCAAACGACCGAGACUCAGAACCUCCAAACCGUCCUCUUCGUCCAUGGAACACCAUGGUCUUCAGAAGUCCACAUCCCACUGGCCAAAGCCCUGCUAUCGACGAAGCGGUACCGAGUGAUUCUAUACGAUCUCCCUGGAUAUGGACAAUCGCAAGAAGUUCCACGGGACAUCAGCAGUGAAGGCAGUGCGAUGGAGCUGUUCAAGCUGGAUAUGCAGAUGGACACCUCCGUCAAAGCCCAAGGCGCUGCUCUUGCUGCACUCAUUGAGCAUCUGAAUCUCACCAGUCCACCCUGUAUCAUCGCCCACGACAUCGCCGGCGCUAUUGUCCUCCGCACGCACCUCAUCCACGACAUCGACUUCGCCAGCCUCAUGCUCCUCGAAACCAACACCGUUCUCCCCUGGGGCGAUGGCUUCUACAGACUCGCCCGUGAACGACCCGAAGCAUUCGUUGAGAUGCCGCCUGCGAUCUUCGAGGCUGUUGUACGAGCCGUCAUUCGUAGCGCAUCCCAUGAUCCUGAGACUUUCCCUUCUACGUGGGAAGAUACGUUGGCGAAGCCCUGGACUCAAGACGGGAAGGCCUGGCGGCAGAGGAGUUUCGUGCGUCAAAUUGCCCAAGCGAAUGAUGAGGACGUUAAGGAGAUGCUCGAUCAGGAUCUCUACAGCAAAGUCCGCUGUGAUGUGAAGAUCGUGUGGGGAGAAUCGGAUCAGUGGAUUCCGAAGGCGAUGCUGGAGAAGUUGGGUGAGAUGCUGGGGGAGAGGAUGAAGGAGUUUGUGGUUGUGCCGGAGGCCGGCCAUUUGGUUAUGAUCGAUCAGCCGGAGACGAUUGCUGUUGAGACUUUGGAGUGGCUAUCAAAGACGUCAGCCUCAUAUUAG